AUGGUGAUAAUGGUAUUCUUUCGAGCUGAAUUGGAGCUGUUAAGGAUUGAUUGUAAGGAUAUAUUUGGGACGAAAUCCGCGCCUGUGGAGCAUGGGAUCGCUCUAAAGAGGUUGAAAGAAUGCCAUAGGAGACAUGUUGAGCUGGUCAAAUACGCUCGUCUCUUUGAUUCCUGCUUAUCCCCAAUAAUGUUACUAUACAUGUUUGUCUGUUCAGUAAUGUUGUGUGUCACAGCUUACCAAAUCACUGUCGGCAAACGAGCAGACGGCUUACCUGAUGGUAAACAAUCAGCGCCGCCCAUGGACACCCACAACACAGCGGAGUGCGUUGCCGACCUUUUAUGGAUUAGGGAUUUGGGAGAUUUAGAGAUUGGGGAGGGAUUUGGGGAGUGGAAGGAUUGA